AUGUCGGCAUCGUGUCAAGUCAACCCUCUGCAACAGUUUGUCAGCAAAGGAGAUUCAGCCCAAGGACGGGGAUUUGGGUUUUCAGCUCAGCAGCGGCCCUCGGAGCAACAGCCUCUGCCUGUCGAGUAUUCUUUCUUGCAUGAACAAGAAGGAGCUUUACAAGGCAGUAACAUGUUUUUAGCGGUGCAGCAGCCAUCAUCGCUAUCGCAUUUGCAGGCUUCUCCGGGGCCUGCUUCGAGGUCCUGGCUUAACCAGUUUUCAUCAAUGAAGCUGGAAGAUCCGCUGUCGUUUGACAGCGAUUAUAGGAAGCAUUAUGCCAAUUACGAGUCGCAGCAACUGCUGCAGACACGCCAGCGACUGUCAAACAUGUCGCCUACUUUAAACAGAACCAUGUACUACCAGCCUGUGAACUCAUACUUCCGGCCUCCUCCUGCUGAGGGUCAACCUAUGACAGAUGCAUCGGAUUCUAGGCUUGACGAGGAGUUUCAAUCUCUGGAAGCGGAGUUGCAGAAGGAAAAUCCGGGCUCUCAAGAUGAGAAUGUGGGAUUCGAUGACGAGCAGGUGGAAUUUCAAAGAAUAGCCAGUGAGAUCGUUGAGUCUUGCUCCAGUACAUCGCAUUCGCCAUCACCUGUGAGCUCGAAACUGUACAGUUCAAAGUUUAUGACUCUAAUGCGCAACGUAAGCGAAGGAUCGGUUACGCUAAGCCGCGGAAAUAGUACUCACAGUGCGGAGUUCCAUUCCAGCGAUGGAGAGGUCAUCGGUAAUGAAUUUUCUCCCGUUGCGGACCAUGUUCAUGAAUUAUCGUGA